AUGAGUGAUUCGGCAGAUUUGGAUUCUUCUAUAUCCACUCAUGCGAUAUUAUCAUCUACAUCCAGAAAGCCGUAUGCUUUGGAAGAAGCUUGUACAGUUUGGGGAGGGGUUUUGAUUGAUCAAAAAGAAGAAUCUACUUCAACCGAUAUGCCCUUAGGCACGGUCAUACAUAACAUAGAAAUUACAUUCGGAAAGGGUGGACAAUUAGCUAGAGCAGCGGGCGCUGUAGCGAAACUGAUUGCAAAAGAGGGAAAAUCGGCCACGUUAAAAUUACCUUCUGGGGAGGUCCGUUUGAUAUCCAAAAACUGCUCAGCAACAGUCGGACAAGUGGGGAAUGUUGGGGUAAACCAGAAAAGUUUGGGUAGAGCCGGAUCUAAAUGUUGGCUAGGUAAGCGUCCUGUAGUAAGAGGAGUAGUUAUGAACCCUGUAGACCAUCCCCACGGGGGUGGUGAAGGGAGGGCCCCAAUUGGUAGAAAAAAACCCGCAACUCCUUGGGGUUAUCCUGCACUUGGAAAAAGAAGUAGAAAAAGGAAUAAAUAUAGUGAUAAUUUGAUUCUUCGUCGCCGUAGUAAAUAGUAGAGUAGAUAAAAUCGAAUUUGUUUCUUCGUCUUUACAAAAAAAGGGAGUAAUUAAC